GCCGCUUCCUCCGCGCGCGCCCGGCUCGUGCUGCGUGUGUUUAACCCGGACGACGGCUCGUUGCGAGGGGGUCUCCGAGAGCGUCGAGACCGCCUGGAAGUCGAGGCUGCCCGGGGAGCGCGUCGGGGCGGCGUUGGGCUUCGGCGCAGAGCCUGGCGCGGCGGCCCCGGCGGCGUCCACGGAGGGCCGCGCGGCUGCCGGACCCAGGCGCAGCGGACCGGACCGAGCGUCGUCUCUGCCCGUUGCCUGGGGAUUUCGUCACGUGUGUUUGGGUGGUUGCACGUCUUGUUGCUGGUUUUCUCAUGUUGUGCACGGGAUCCAGUUUCGAAUGUUCCGUCAUUUUGAUAGCUUUGUGCAUCCCAUUUUAUGGCUCUGCCGGCAACGAUUCGGCCACUUGCCCACUUGUGGACCUGACUCCUUAUGCACUAAUUUCGUGUCAUAUUCUUCUGCACACACUGUGUGCAACUUUACACAUGGUUUGUCUCUGUGGAAGGGCACGUUUGUGUGCACUGGGCUUACUCCCUUUAAUGGGUCUGCUACUCCACCCCAUUUGUUGACUCGUGGUAAACCCUGAAGUGGUUUCUGCAAAACCCUCUGCAACAGUGGGCUCGUUGAUUGUGGAAGUUGGGAAAAGGGUUAGCUCCACCAUCUCAGCACACUGCCCUUCCUCAAGAGAGGAACCUGGAGGAGGACCCACCACCUUUUGAAAUUCUAAAAGUCAUGUCCCUCGUGAGUUUUAAAAUCAUGGGUCAGAACUUUUCAGGGAUGUGACCAUAGUCUUCUCCCAAGAAGAAUGGGAAUGGCUGGAGCCUGCUCAGAGGGAUCUGUACAGAGAUGUGAUGUUGGAGACCUACAGCAACCUGGUCUCGCUGGGUCUUGCUGUAUCCAAACCUGAUGUGAUCUCCUUCCUGGAGCAAGGCAGAGAGCCCUGGAUGGAGGAGAGGGUGAUGUCAGGAAGCCUGUGUCCAGUUUUGGAAUCCAGCUAUGAUACCAAAGUGUUAUAUCCAGAGCAGCAUGUUUAUGAAGUCAAAUCGCCCCAGUGGGAGAUAAUGGAAAGACUUGCAAGUUAUGGUCUCAAGUGUUCAGGUUUGCCUGGCAACUGGGAAUGCAAAAGUCAGUUUGACAGACAACUAGGAGAUCCAGACAUGCGCUUCAGUCGAAUGUUAAUUAGUCAUGAAGAGAUACCCACUUUGAACCAGCAGACAUCUCUCAUUUUUUACCAGAAUAUUCAUACUGGAGGAAAGCCAUGUGGAUAUAAUAAGUGUAGAAAUGACUUCUGGCAGGAGGAAUUCCUUAUUAAUCAUCCAGGAAUUCAUUCUAAUGAGAAACCCUAUAAAUGUAAGGAAUGUGGCAAGGCCUUUAAAUACGGCUCACGGCUAAUUCAGCAUGAGAAUAUUCAUUCUGGCAAGAAACCCUAUGAAUGUAAGGAGUGUGGAAAAGCUUUCAAUUCUGGUUCCAAUUUCAUACAGCACCAGAGAGUUCAUACUGGUGAGAAGCCUUAUGAAUGUAGGGACUGUGCGAAGGCCUUCAGUCGGAGCUCACAGCUGAUUGAACAUCAACGGAUUCACACUGGUGAGAAACCCUACCAGUGUAAGGAAUGUGGCAAGGCCUUCAAUCGGAUCUCACAUCUUAAAGUACAUUAUAGGACUCACACUGGGGAAAAGCCUUAUGCUUGUAAGGAGUGUGGGAAGACCUUUAGCCACCGGUCUCAGCUGAUUCAGCACCAGACUGUUCAUACUGGCAAGAAACUCUAUGAAUGUAAGGAGUGUGGGAAAGCCUUUAAUCAGGGAUCAACUCUCAUUCGCCAUCAGAGGACUCACUCGGGUGAAAAGCCCUAUGAAUGCAAGGUGUGUGGGAAGGCCUUCAGAGUGAGUUCCCAGCUUAGGCAGCAUCAGAGAAUCCACACUGGGGAGAAGCCCUACCAGUGCAAGGUGUGUGGUAGGGCCUUCAAACGAGUGUCACACCUCACUGUCCAUCUCAGGACUCACACCGGCGAGAAGCCCUGUGACUGUGAGCAGUGUGGGAGGGCCUUCGGUCACUGCUCACAGCUGAUUCAGCAUCAGGCCUCUCACGCCCAGGGAAAGGCCCGGGAACGCCAGGGAUGGGGCAGGACUGCCACUUGCCAUGCCGCCACGCUGCAGCACUGCAGGCUUCGGAGUGGAGAAGCAGGAGAGCCUGCCAUCGGCACGGACCCCCUGUUGAUCAUCCGGGAGUUUGUGCUGGCAAGCAACCAUGUGAAUGGAAGUAAGGGGAAAGCCCACUAGCUCAGGCCCGUUACAGCUGCCAACGCCCGCACCUCACAGAAGACCUGAGGAGAAGGCAGAGCUUGGCCUUCACCCUGAGUUGUAGGGAGACAUCUGUGCAUACAAAGGAAUGUGUUUAGACUACUGUUAAGUGGGGAAGGUUGGGAAUAUUUAUCUCCAACACAUUCAGAAUCGCGUUUUCUAAUUCUAGCUUACUAAUUUCAACAAGAGCCAAGUUUUAGUUUCCUUGGGGGUGGGUGAGGAACUGGACAAAUUAUUCUUGGAUCACUUCCCAGGAAGUGAACCACGAAGGUACCAAAAGGGGUGGUGAGAAGUCACACACACCAAGAGAGGUGAGGCAGCCUAUGCAGCUCCCAUGCAUUGCAUGCACAGACCCAAGGACCUGUACUCAGACAUGAAGUGUGCUGUUGAAGCCUCCCAAAGACUCAGGACGCCGUGACUUGGCAGGUGGUCAUCUGGUCAUCACAGUUCCAUUUGACCCUAUUUCAGGAAGAGGCUAAGUUUGGGAGAGUCUUGAUUUCCAUGUGGGCAACUUGUUUUGGGUUAAAUUUUGUGACUUCUGUCACAGGCAGAUGUUGGUUGCCUACCCAGCAGCCGUGGCAGCCUGCCUUAUUGUCAGCAUCUGUCUGUUGCCUUAGAAUUUGAAAAUGUCCAGAUUCUAAUUUUCCAUCCUCCUGUGCAGCUCAGAGUAACCAGGAUAUUCCAGUGGUAGUCACUGGGGCUUUGGGGAAGAAGUUAGCUCCUUCAACGUUCACUUCCUGUUGUCAAACAUUUUCCCAUGAGUGUGAGAUGCCUGCAGCUGUCUUAGAACCAAGAGGAGAAAACAAAGGACCUCAGAGAAGCUGCCUCAGAGCCUGGAGACCCCGGGCAGUGCUGGGACUGCCUCUGAUGCCUUCUGUAAGAGAAAUAAACCUUUAGUGCUGGGGUUACUUUUA